UAGUCACUUUUAUCGACACGGAUGACGGAGAACGGAGUGGCUACUUGGCCAGACAUGAUAAAGUGCACGUAACAGAAAAUGUCACGUUACUUUCGUGACAGGUGAUCGACUAUCGUGUGGGCGAGAAAUCGAUCAAACAUGCCGAAGAAAUUUGUGGGUGAGAAUAGCAAGGCAGUUGCUGCCCGGGCUAGAAAAGCGGCGGCCAAAGAGGCCGAAACUAUUAAAAAAGCGCAAGAAGCUGAAGAUAAAGCAUGGGAGGACAAUGAUAAGCAAGUGUUGAAGAAGAAACAAAAACAAGAAGAUAUCGAGAAAAAACGUCAACAACAAUUAGAAAAAAAAGCGGAAGCAAAAGCCCUGCUGGAAAAAGAAAUGGCAAAUAUAAAAGUUGGUGGUAAGCAGCCUGCUUCGAAAAUUACCAGAGCCGAAAUCGUUACUAUCACUGAGAAACGAAAUCAAGUGGCUAUGAACAAAAAGGAAGAGGAGAAACCGAUCGAGGAAAAUUUGAAUAGAUUGAUUUUGGAAGGUGAAACGGCUCAUGGUAUAGACGAGGCUAUAUCUGUUUUAAGCUCAAAAGAUCCUGAAAUAGAUCGACAUCCAGAGAAACGAAUGAAAGCCGCGUACGCGAGUUUUGAGGAACGAAUGAUGCCGAUAAUUAAAGAACAAAAUCCUACUUUGAGAUUGAGUCAGUUGAAACAGAUACUUAGGAAAGAAUGGAUGAAGUCGGCUGAGAAUCCACUUAAUCAAACAUUAAAUCGCUGACGAUCAUGGUGAUAUCAAACGAGCGUGACACAUAUUUGCGCAUCGUCGACUGAUUAUUUAAUUUU